AGUUUGGAUUGUACCGUGCAUAUACCAUAUACCAUGAGAACCAGGUGGAAUUUCACGGGGCUUCUCGGACUGCUUCUACUCGCUCUGCAGGAGCUUCCCUCGGAGGCGAUGAGGCUGCGGGGUGAACCACUUCCGGGUUUGGCCAACGUAAAUAGGACCCGCCCUGCUGAGCUUGCAGAUGCACCACAAGGUCGUAUUGCAGGUGGAACCACCGCAACCGAGGGCAGUUGGCCGUGGAUCGUGACCAUCCAGAAUAUAUAUUCCUAUCAUCUCUGCGGCGGGAUAAUCAUAAACAAUCGAUAUAUUCUAACGGCCGCAAGUUGCGUGGCGGGAUUGAGGGCCAAAAAUAUAUUGGUGGUCGUCGGAACCUCGGAUUGGUGGGAUCUGUAUGCCAUUUACUACAGUGUGGAGCAGAUCCAUGUGCACUGCAACUUCGACAAGCCGCUGUAUCACAACGAUAUAGCCAUUCUGCGUGUGGCGGCCGAUAUCGAGUUCAACGAUGUGACCACCAACAUAACUCUGGCCGACAUCGAUGAGUUGCAGGAGGGCGAAAAGUUGACCUUUGCGGGUUGGGGCAGCUCGGAGGCCAUGGGAACCUAUGGAAGGUAUCUGCAGGAGGCAUCGGGCACUUAUCUGCCAGUGGACGAGUGCCGCGAGAAGCUGCAGAACUACGAUGACGUGGAUCUGGGACAUGUGUGCGUCCAAAUGGAUGCGGGCAAGGGCGCCUGUCACGGAGACACCGGCGGUCCACUCAUCGAUGAGCAGCAGCGGUUGGUGGGCAUCGGCAAUUGGGGCGUUCCCUGUGGUCGUGGCUAUCCGGAUGUGUACGCGAGGGCUGCCUUCUACCACGACUGGAUCCGCACCACCAUCAACGGGUGUUCGAUUUCCUAGACAUCGGCCACUUCUUAUCUUUGCACUGAGGGAAAUAUGAUCUACUCGAUUUCUUAUUAUGUACACAGAAAAAAGCAAUUAAAUAUGAUUUAUUCAACUGCA